UUGGCUUCAUCGUGUCGGAGAUACAAGGCAAGUCGGCAAGCAAGACUGGCAAGCAGCAGCAGCAGGCGGCGGCAAGCAAGACCCUCGCCUCUGGCGCCCACCCGCGCAGCGGCGCCCUGUCUGUUGAGUCGCUGGCUGGCGACAGUGAGCGGCUGGUGGUGGUGGGUCUGUCAUGCCGGCUGCCUGGCGGGUCCAACGGUGUGUCGCGGUUCUGGGAGAUGCUGAUGAACGGGACGCACUGCAUCGAGGAGAUUCCUCUGACGCGCUGGAACGUGGACGAGUGGUACGACGCGGACCCUGAUGCCCGCAGCAAGAUCUACACGCGCGAGGCGGCCUUCAUCGACAAUGCCGAGUACUUCGACAAUGGGUUCUUCAACAUUUCACCUGCAGAGGUGACGGUCAUGGACCCCCAGCAGCGGCUGAUGCUCGAGGUCGGCUUUGAGGCCUUCCACAGCGCGGGCCUGAGUCGCGAGCAGCUCCUCGGACAGAACAUGGGCGUCUUCAUCGGCUGCUGCAACCAAGACUGGAACUUCGUCAACAUCACCGAGAAGAGCAGCAGCUACUCGGGCACGGGAGCCGCAACCAGCAUCGUCGCCAAUCGUGUCAGCUACAUCUUCGGCCUCAAGGGACCCAGCAUGACACUCGACACGGCCUGCUCCUCGUCGCUCGUCGCCCUCGACUCGGCCGUCAAGAACACCCAGCUCGGCGUGUGCCAGGACGGCGCCCUCGUGGGAGGCGUCAACCUGAUGCUCUCUCCCUUCGCCUUCGUCGCCUUCUCCAAGGCCCGCAUGCUUGCGCCCGACUGCAAGUGCAAGACGUUCGACGCCAAGGCCAACGGCUACGUGAGGGGCGAAGGCGCGGGAGCGGUGGUGCUGCGCCGAUCGAGCGACACCCGACAAGUGGCGCUGGCAACGAUCGUCGGCUGUGCCGUCAACCACGAUGGGCGGAGCGCCAGUCUGACGGCUCCCAACGGCCCGGCCCAGCAAGAGGUGCUUCGGUCGACCUUGGCGCAGGCCAACCUGUCGCCCUCUGACGUGUGCUACAUCGAGACGCACGGCACGGGCACCGCUCUCGGCGAUCCCAUCGAGCUGGGCGCCCUCAAGAGUGUGUUCGGUACUGAAGGGGCGGAGGGGGAGGACGCGACGAUCCGGAUGGCUCAUCCGCUGGUGCUGGGCGCUCUCAAGACCAGCAUCGGGCACCUGGAGGGGUCGGCAGGCAUCUCGGGGCUCAUCAAGCUCAUCCUCACUCUCCUGCACGGCGUCGCCCCGCCCAACCUGCACCUGAAUCAGCUCAACCCCCACAUCGACACGGACGGCUUCAACGUCCUCAUCCCCACACAACCCGUCAAGCUCCUCAGGGCCAACAGCAGCCAGCACCAAGAGCAAGGCGAGACUCUGCCGGUCCUGGUCGGAGGCGUCAGUUCCUUCGGCUUCGGCGGCGCC